AUGCAGUUCAGACUCAGCUACCGUGUUGGGGAGAGGGAUCUUGACAGAUUCUUCAGAUCAUAUGGCAGCUUAAGGGACAUUGUUAUCAAGAAGGGCUUUGGUUUUGUGGAGUUUGACGAUGACCGUGAUGCAGAUGAUGCUGUCUACGAGAUGAAUGGAAAAGAGCUUCUUGGUGAAAGAGUAACAGUGGAGAAGGCACGUUCUGCUCCACGGAUGCGCUGGCCUCGGGCACCACCACCAAGAGGAUUUCAUUCCAGUCGAUUUGGCAUGGCUGCCCGAACAGAUUACCGUCUAACUGCUGAGAACCUCUCUAGUAGAGUGUCCUGGCAGGAUCUCAAAGAUUUUAUGCGCCAAGCUGGUGAGGUCACGUACGCAGCCGCGCACGAAUACCGAAGAAAUGAAGGUGUGGUGGAAUUUGCUACCUAUGCAGACAUGAAGAAUGCCCUUCACAGAUUAGAUGGCAAGGAACUACAUGGAAGACGUAUUCAUCUUGUAGAUGAAUCGAAAUCGAGGAGUUCUAGAUCCAGAUCCAGGUCAAGAUCAUCCUCGCGAUCGAGAUCUCGUUCACGAUCACGUACUCGUUCCAGGUCGCGCUCCCACUCCCGUUCUCACAGCCGCUCUCUUUCAAGGAGUGGUGGCCACAGCAAGAAACGCCGCUCAAAGUCCAAGUCACGUUCAAAGUCUGGCUCUCGCUCAAGAUCAAGGUCAGGCUCAGAGAGGUCCAAGUCAAGAUCCAGGUCACGAUCCAGGUCUCGUUCCCAUAGCCCUACCCCAGAGAAGAGAAAAUCACGUAGUCGCUCAAAAUCUGCAGCAGCAGAGACCGAUUCCGAAGAAGAAAAGUAGAUCAGAGUCUUACUGUGAUUGUGGAUUAUGUAUCUGCUCUCAGUACAAUUGGAUGAUCAUCUCUCAGAUUAAAAUGAUGUAUAUUUCCCAGCAUUUUUAAAGUCCUUGGCUACACAGGAAUUAUAUAUUUUUAAUGUUAAAUACAUUAUAAGAUUGACAUUUGAAAGAUUUUCCUCCUAGGCAUCGAAGAACGAACCAGUCAUUAUUGCCAUUAUCUUGGCAGUGAGAUUGAUUUUCAGUCCGUAUAAAGAAAAACCUCUAAUCUGCAAUGUUCAGUAUACUUGUUGUUCCCCAGGGAGCCUGUUAUUAUAGAAUAUGAAAGUAAUGAACAUGCACACACAAGCUAAUGUAAAAUAGUUCGCAUCAUAUUAGAGCACAUUAGUACAGCUGCUUUUUCUACACCCCAUUGAAACUGGGUUGAGAUUUGUGUGAAUUCUUAAAAAUUACACCCACUGUGUAAUUUA